AUGGCUGUCGAGUGCAAGGAAGCGAUUGCCAACCCAGAGCCAGAGCCGGAGUUGGGGGAUAAGUCAGACGCUACCGAGAAAGAUGACAGUAAGGCACUGCACUACACAAACUUAUGUACUCUUGUGCUCAUAACAAAUGCUGCAGGCUCUUCGGUCGGUGAGAUUUUACGGGCAGCUGGCAUUGACACGGAGGACGAUGAUCCAACCGAGGCCGUACUGACUUUGCGGAUGUGGGUGCUGGGAAUUGGGUUCUGUAUCGUCGUCAGCGGUCUAAAUACACUGUAUACUUUGAGAAACCCGUCUAUCACUAUCUCAUCAGCAGUCGUGCUUUUGCUGGCUUAUCCGCUCGGCAAGCUAUGGGAGAAAGCCAUACCAAGUUGGAACGUACCGCUUGGCGCGUGGUCCUUCAACCUGAACCCGGGCCCGUUUAAUAAGAAGGAGCAUAUCCUGGUGUACGUCAUGUCGAAUUUAAGUAUCUACGUUCGUCUCGGCGCAGAUGUCUUGACCGAACAACAAAUGUUCUUCGGCUAUAAAGCUGGGUGGGGAUUCCAAAUCCCUAUGACCUUGGCGGGCUUCUUCGUCGGGCUGUCGCUGGCGGGAAUAUUUCGAUCGCUCGUCGUUCUACCUCAUGAACUCGUGUGGCCGGGACUCCUGGGUACCUCAGCCCUCACAUCUACGCUCCAUGAAUCGAAAAAGAAGGAUGCUCAGGCGAUUGAAAGCUUCGGCUACACAACCUGGAAGAUAUCCCGUUAUGCCUUUUUCAGCUUGGUAUUUUGUAUCUCAUUCUGCUGGUACUGGUUCCCGGACUUCAUCUUUCCCGCUCUGAGCUACUUUGCAUUUCCAUGCUGGAUCGCACCAAAGAACACAGUUGUAAACCAGUUAUUUGGGAUGAAGAGCGGCAUGGGUCUCUUGCCACUCACUUUCGAUUGGAGUCAAAUAUCCUAUGUCGGAUCUCCUCUCGUGGUCCCAUCUUGGGCAAUUGUGAAUGUCUUCGGAGCACUAGUGUUCUGGAUCUGGAUCGUCGCUGUUGCUUGUUACUAUACCAAUACGUGGUACUCCGCCUACCUUCCCUUCCAGAGUUCUUCUGUGUUCGAUAACACAGGUAGCACAUACAGCGCUUCCAAGAUCGUGAACAAGGCUUCAAGAUAUCAGUUAGACGUGGCUAAAUAUGAGGCGUACUCACCAGUCUUUAUGCCCGUGACUUAUGCGUUGAAUAUGUUUGGUCUAUCCUUUGCAACCCUAACCUCGCUUGUGGUCUGGAUGUUUCUCGAGAAGCGACAAGAGAUUGCGGACGCCAUGCGCCGGGUACAGCACAAAUUCGUAACGGGCAAUCUAAAAGAGAUUUUUGCCCCAGACAAUUCACCCAAUGCAGAAGUGCCAAUGUGGUGGUACCUUUGUACCACAUUGUUGGCGUUGUUUCUCGCCAUUUUUUCCGUAGAGUAUUGGGAUGUAGAGCUGCGUUGGUACGGUGCAUUGCUGGCGUGUGCUGUUGCUCUGUCUUUCUUCUCUCCGCUUGCCCUGGUCUACGCAACGGCGAACCAGAAAAUCAACAUCGACAUCUUCUGCCGGAUUGUAGCCGGCUUUGUCUUCGAGGGCCGUGUACUCGCUAACAUUUGGUUCUUCAACCUCGGAUACGUGACAACAAUCAAGGGUCUCUACUUCUGCCAGGAUAUGAAAUUAGGAAUCUAUUUCAACAUCCCGCCACGAAAACUCUUCAUUGCACAAUGCGGAGGUAUAAUAGCCGGCACAUUAAGCAGCGUAAGCGUCCUCAACUGGGGCCUGGGCAACAUCGAAGGCGUCUGCACAACCGACGCAGUGAACGGAUUCAGCUGUCCGUUCUCCCGGACACAUUUUAACACAAGUCUGAUCUGGGGUGCUAUCGGACCGCGUCGCUUCUUCAACAACAAGAUCGGAUAUCACUCACUGCUAUACUUCUUUAUCAUCGGCGCUGUCCUUCCCGUUAUAGUGUUCAUCGCUAGACGUCGGUAUCCGAAGAACGUUAUCUUACAGAAAUUCCACGUUCCCCUAUUCCUUGGCGGACUGAACUAUCUCCCGCCUGCCACGGGAACGACAUAUGGAAGUUGGGCUCUUGUGGGAUUGGCCUUUGGAUGGAUUAUAAGGAAGCGUCUGUAUGCGUGGUGGUAUAAGUAUAAUUUUGUUCUGAGCGCUGCCUUGGAUUCCUCCGUUUCUGUGGCGGGAGUUGUCAUCUUCUUUGCUAUCUUUUUCUCUGGGGCUUCGUCGCAUUUCAGUUGGUGGGGGACAAAGGUUUAUAAGGAUACGUGUGAUUGGAGAGGUUGUUCGUAUCUCCCUAUCCCAGAAAGCGGGAAGUUCGCAUGA